AUGCACCAGGCCGCCAGUGGAACCAGUCGACUGGACAAGAGCAGACGGGUGCCUCUUCGUGAAGAGGGGUUUGGCAACAGCGCACUCCAGCAGCUGACAGCAGCAGGCGAUGGAGUCGUGCGCCUCAACUCAGUUGGUGAGGCGACGUUGCACGAAGCGGCAAGAAGAGGCGACUGCGAACGUGUAAGGCAACUGAUCGGAGCCGGAGCCGGCGUCAAUCUGCAGAACAAUCGGGGUGAAUCAGCAAUACAUUUGGCAGCAAAAUCUGGUAACGUGGAAUGUGUAAAAUUGCUACAUUCUGCAGGUGCUGACGUCAGUUUGAGAGACAAGAAAGGCAAAACUCCACUGCACUGUGCGGCAGCGACCGGCAGGGACCAGAGUGUGAAGCUACUGCUGGAGGCUGGCGCAUACGCCCUCGCACAGGACUCUGAAUGCUGCACGCCACUGCACGUGGCAACCAUCAGGAGGAACGCAGAAUGUGUCAGGUUGCUGGCCAAUGCAGCCGAAAACCUGGAAUCGGCAGAUGCGAAUGGCUUCACAGCGCUGUACUAUGCUGCACGGAAUGGCGACGAGGAAUGUUUGAAACACCUGUUAAGUGCAGGCGCUCAGCACAGUCCAGUGAGUGACACCCUGGACACACCUCUGCAUGUGGCGGCGGACAGAGGUAACGCAGAGUGCGUGAGGCAGCUGGUGCAAGCGAAAGCGGACGUGAAGGCGAAGAACGCUUACGGUUUCACCGCGCUGUAUUUGGCCGGACGGAGAUGCAGCCCAGACUGUCUGAGGCACCUCCUGAAAGGAGGCGCAGACAUCCGGGAGAAGGACGGUUUUGGUAGGACACCGCUACAUUGGGCGGUGAUAGGAUUCUCUCCAGCCUGCGUCAGGGUACUGCUGGACGGAGGAGCUGAUGUGGACGAGAGAGACAACAAUGGUGACACUGCUCUGCACGAGGCGGCGCGCACAGUCACGCCCGAGUGUGUCAGGCAGCUGGUGGACGCGAAGGCGGACGUGGCAGCGAGGAACGCCGACGGAAAGACGGCGCUGCACUUGGCCGCGCAGGUCGGCUACCUCGGCUCUGUGAGGGACCUCCUCGAGGCGGGCGCAGAUGCCCAGGCGAAGGAUGAUGCCGGUAGGACACCGCUACACUGGGCGACAAAAGGAGGCCCUACGGCUUGCGCCAGGGUACUGGUGGAGGCAGGAGCUGACAUGAACCAGAUAGACAACAAUGGUGAUACACCACUGCAGUUAGCCUUCGGUUACAGUGACAAUGAGAUUAUGAAGAGUCUUUGGGAUUCUGUACUGAAUGUGGGAGACCGUUGCUCGAGCCCGGGGCAGGCAUCGAACGAGUGA